GUAUCACGUAAGGACAACACUUGCCUAACGGAUUCUGUAUCUUGUUUUGAUUUUUUUAUGUCGGUGUAAGUAACCGAACAUAUAUAAAAAUUUAUAAACUUCCUUUGAGCGGUGACGACCUAACGAACGAAGAACGGCGGCGUGCGGUGUGUCUUGAAGGAUAUUAAUUCCUGUCAAUAAGGAAUAUAUUAAAACCCACAAGGAUAAAUCGUGUAUAGAGUAGUGAAUAUAUCUACGUACGAGUAUAUACAAAAACGAUUAAAAAAAAGAAACGACGAGAAAGAGAAAUUAUAAUUUUCAUUUAGCCAUAUUUCCGGUGUGCAAGAGAAAAAGUAGAAAAUGAAUAAUAAAAUAAAGAUGGUGCGUGUAAGGAUGUGGUUAAUUUAAUGGCUUUCUGAAAAAACGAUUAAACCAAUUAUUAUUGUGUAGGUAGUGUUGUUUUUUUUCCUCUUGCUGUUAUUCCUCCUAUUAGGGAUUAUCCCUAUAAAUUACCUCGAGAAAAUUAGAAGGCAACAAAAAAACCACACAUAUCAAAUAAAAAUACAAAAAAUAAAAUAAAAAUACUGAUACCAAUAUCAACUUUUGAAAAAUAAUUUAUUCGGUUCUAUUUCCGGUUGAAUAUUAAAUGUACAAGCAACCCCAUUUUGUUUUUGUUUUUCUACUUUUCAUUUUUUGCGAUUUCGUAUUCGUCCAUUCUGAAAGUUCAUAAUCACAACAACUUGCUCAAGAGUGCGCCUUGAUAGAAAGUAAAAAAGGAUAUACGAGACAACAAUCUUAUGAAUAGUUCAUAAUAUGGAAUAUGUGUAUUAAGGAUGAAAAAAAUUGUAAGAAAUAUUCUCAUGUGUGUUCGAGGGUGUGUGUGUGUGAAUUGUGAAACAACGAAACAACGUUCGUGAUAUGCAAUAAAGAUUAUUGUUAAGUGGAAACUUCUUCUUUGUGGAUGGCUAAAAACGAUAAAGGGAGGUAGAGAACGGAACGGAUAUAUGUACGCAUUAUGUUUGUAAAUGUGAUUGUGUUAAUAAAAUAUUAAUGAAAAAAAAAUUUCGUACCCUUAAAUGCAUGGUAUGAAGGAAUCACAAUCAUAAGAUCUGGUUGUUACGAGUAAAGUUUUGUUUUGUGAACAAAAUAGAAAGCAAAAACAAUAAGGAGUGAAAGAGGAUUUUGCGAGGAGGAAAAAGUGGAGAGAAGCAAGGGAAAGAGAUUUAUAGGGAUUGAAAAAAGUCCAUCAACAAUAAGGUAAAAUCAACUCAGAUUGGAAGCUUCAUGAGACUCUCACAACAUGUGACAUCUCUCUGCGCGAGUGAUUUCUAAAUGAAGAAAAAAGUCCGAAAAGAAAGACCGGAUAUUUGUGCUAUUUCACUUCUGAGAUAUAUUGAAUCCAUUAUCAGAAUUUAAGGCAAACUAAUAAAAAUCAAAAAAGAAGUAACAAAAGUAAAAUACAGAAAAUUCAUUGUGGACAUAAUUUAUCCGCCCAACAGAAUAAGAAGAAGGACUUGAAAAAUAAAAGAGGAAAAUACAAAGAUAAAAAUGAAAAAGAAGGAAAAUAGCAUCAUGAAUUUACAGGACUGUCAUUUGGUUCAUUUGUUCCUUGCAGCUGCAAUUUAUCCUUUAGCAUGGACCGUACCUAUGCUGACAUGUUCUCCACCCUUGAUCUAUCAAAGCACUAUCCACGCCCAAUUUCGUCAACAUCGUCAUCAUCAACUCAUACAACAGGUUCAAUUUUACAAGAACAAUUGAGCAUCAAUGUCACUUCACAAUUGGGUACGCAUGCAUACCUACCCUGCAAAGUGCAACAGCUCGGAAAUAAACCAGUUUCCUGGAUUCGUGUACGAGAUGGCCAUAUCCUUACGGUUGACAGAGCUGUCUUCAUUGCUGACCAGAGAUUUGUUGUCCUAAAUCAACCGAAUAAAUUUUGGACAUUGCAGAUUAAGUACGUUCAAGCAAGGGAUGCUGGUGCAUAUGAGUGUCAAGUGUCGACAGAACCAAAAGUUAGUGCAAAAGUUUAUCUCGACGUUGUGGUUCCUCGAACCGAAAUUUCCGGAGAACCAGAUCGCUAUGUCAAAGCCGGCAGUAUUGUUGUCCUACGCUGCUUAUCCGGGGUGCUCUAGAACCCGCCAACAUUCAUCAUGUGGUAUCAUGGAUCGGAGCAAUUAAUGGGCGAUUCCAACCGACAUCGAAUGCAAAUCGAUAGAAAUUUUCCAGAAGUUGAGGGUUCAUUGAGUACGGUGAGUAUUUUACCACCAUUAACUCUUUUUCUCA